UUUUUUACCGGUUUGAAACGAAAUUUUUUUUUGCCAAAUGAAUCGAUCAUUCAAUCAUAAUAAAUCCAUUUCAAUAAUUGCUCAUCAUCCACCAUCACCAUCAUCGGCUUUGUUACCGAAACCGGAUAUUCAUCCCAAUAUUAUUGGUGGUUGUGGUAGUGGUGGUGGUGGUGGUGGCCAUAAUUCUCGCAAUUCCCGUUAUCCAUAUCAAUCGAAUCCAUGCACAACAAUAACUUAUGCACGAGCAGCAGCAGCAACAAAAACAUCGACAAAAGAUGUGUCGUCGAAUCAUCAAACAAACGGUGUCAGUGGUGGUGGUGGCCAACAAUCCAUAGAAUUAGUAGAGAAAAUUUUGAAUCAAAUUUCACUACAUUUUCCACGUAAUAAUAAUUAUUAUUCAAAUAAUUCAUCAUCAUCAUCAUCGACGACACGAAAUCAUUCGAAUCGAUUAAUGAUUAAUAAUCGAAGCAGUAGUAAUGGAUCGAAUAAAAAUGGAAAAUGUUAUCCAAAUCAUAUAAUAUUUACGAAUAACAGCAACAGUAACAGUAAUCAUGCAAAGAAACGAAGACAUCAAAAUAAUGUCCAAAAAAAUGGCCAAACAAUGGUUGAUACCGUAAUGAUGGACGGACAACAACAACAGCAACAACAACAUCAUUGUCAGCAAUGUGAAUAUCAAUUUAUAAAUGGUCAUAUUGAAUAUAAAAAUAAAUGUCGAACAUGUCAACGUAAAGAAUUACAAAUUGCCGCUACUACUAUCGCCACUACCGCUAUUGCUGAUGCUGUACAUAGACGUCGUAUUAUUGGUGGUAAUAUAAAUAAUCGAACGUCGUUAUCAUCAUCAUCUGAAAUACGUCAACAACGACCAUAUACGAAUGAUGAUGAUGAAUUACAUAAUCUACAAACAUUGAUUGAACAAUCGGUACAGAAUCCAAUAAUUGAGCCAAGUACAUGUGUAAAUGUUAAAAAAUAUGAAGCUGUUGAAAUUGUGUUUGAUGAAAAUAUGAUUGGUGUAAUGCCUGUUGCUGUGGCCAAAAAUGGUGAUGAUAAUGGUGAUAAGAAUGAUACAAUGAUGACAAUCAAUGAUGGUGAUGAUGAAAUGAUGUUGAUGGGGCAGGAUAAAACUGAAACGACUACUAUUAUGACAAGUGAAACGGAAAAUCACGACAACGAUGAUGAUGAAGGCGACGAAGAAUAUGAUGAUGAUGAUGAUGAUGAUGAACAAAGUUCAGAAAGAUUCAAUCACCAGAAUCAUAAUCAACAUUCCGAAAGAACUGAAUUGGAUGAUUUUGAAAUACCAUUUUCGAAUGUAUUUCGUGGACAAAAAGGACGUAUAUUUACAUUUGUAACACCUGUUGAACAACAAAAACAACAACAAGAGCAGCAACCAUCAUCAUUAAUGGAAUCACCUGCGGAAGAGGAAGAUUUAUCAUCUGAAGAUCAUAAUAAAGAUACAGUAGCAACAGCAACAGUAGCAACAACAACAACAACAACAACAACAACAUCACCACCACGAAUACAAAUGCUGUACAAACCAUAUGCUUAUGAUGAUGAAUUUGGUUUCGAUGGACUUGAUGGUAAUAAUAGCUAUCUAUAUCGUUAUAUUGGUUAUGUAAAUCAAAAUCAUAAUGAUUUUGUUCGGCCAAGUAAAGAAUUGCUUUUAUUUUUUCUUGGUCAUCAUCAAGAAUCGAUUGACAACAACGAAAACAAUGACAUUGAUCUAAGUAAUUAUUAUCGUAAUCCAGAAGAUGAAAAUAAUGAUGAUGAUGAAAAGAAAGCGGAAAAAUGUUAUACAAAAGAAAUUUUUUAUAAAAUAUUGGAAAAUUUAUGCGAAAAUGAUCGUGCAACUAUUAAUGAAUUAUAUCAUUCAUUUCAUCGUAAUAUAAAUUGUUUAAAAUCAUCAUUGGAUGAACAAAAUGAACAAAAUAAUUGUCAUCAUCAUUAUUAUAAACAACAACGACAUUCACCAUUCUAUGGUAAUCCAAUUAUAAGUAUUAUAAUGAAAACAAAUGAUGAUGAAGAACAACAACAACAACAACAACGAGAACAAGAACAAGAAAAAGAUGAUAAUAAUCUGAAUGAUGGAACAGCAACAACAACAAUCGUCAAACAACUACAGCGUCAAAAAAGAAAAGAAACUGAAAUGAUGCAGAAAAAUUUACGACAAAUAUUGGGUACAAAUUUUCAACAGUUUCAACCAUAUUAUUUGACUGAUGUUAAUUUUGAAAAUAUUGUUUCAAACGUAACAACAACAACAACAACAACCACGGCGAAUACAGAAGAUGAUAAUAUGGCCACUAUUGAUAGUUUUGGUGGUGAUCAUAAUGACAUUGUUUAAUGAUG